CUUUGGUACCUUCCUGCCAUGCCAGGGCCCUUUGCCUGCCUGGCCUGGUCACACUCGGAGACACGGCUCCUCUAUGUGGCUGAGAAGAGCCGGCACAAACGACAGUCCCUGUGCCCUUGGGACGUGCCAGGCGCAGCCUGGCCGGCAGCAGAGGAUGAUGAGGAGGGCAAGCAGUUUGUGUACCAUGAGGACUGGGGGGAGGCCCUGAGCACACGCAGCGUGCCAGUCCUCUGUGUCCUGGAUCUGGAGAGCCUCAGCUUGUCAGUGCUGGAGGGAGUCCCAGAGCACCUCUCCCCUGGCCAGGCCCUGUGGUCCCCAGAUGACCGUGGUGUGGUGUUCGUGGGCUGGUGGCACGAGCCCUUCCGCCUGGGGCUGAGUGCCUGCUCCAACAGGAGGUCAGGGAUUUUCCACUUGGACCUGGCCAGCGGGUGCUGCGAGUUGCUGUCAGCAGAGAAUGUUUCUGUCUGCUCCCCUCGGCUGAGCCCUGAUGGCCAGCGCCUGCUGUACCUGGAGGGGGUUGUGGGGGGACCCCACCGGCAGUGUCUGCGCCUGUGCAUGCUCACCUGGCAGACAAGGCAGACAGUGACGGUGCUCGACGUGGUGCAAGAGCCCACAGAGGCGUUUGCUGGGCUCUACGCAGAGGUGCUGCCACCGCAGUGCUGGGCAGCUGACAGCCGGCGAGCCGUGCUGGGCACCCCUCAGCGGAGCCGCACGGACCUGCUCCUCGUGGAUGUGGAGGCAUCCACCAUCACCAACCUGACAGCAGGGUCACCUGAAGGGUGCUGGGAGCUGCUCACUCUCCAGUGGGACCUGCUGGUGGCCACCUGCUCAGCCCCCCACCACCCCCCCAGUCUGGUGGUGGCCGUGCUGCCGCCAGCAGGCCAGGAGUUGCCCCUUGGCUGGGUGCUAGUGGAGGACACCCCAACAGUGCCUGGUGUCACCUGGAAGACUCUGACGGUCCAGCCACCCUGCAGUGGGCAGGGCCCCGCUGUACAGGACACCCAGGCUUUUGAGGCCCUGCUGCUGAGCCCCUCAGAUGGCACAUCACCGCACCCCCUUGUUGUGUGCCCCCAUGGUGGUCCCCAUGCUGUCUUCGAUGCCCGCUGGCGUCCGAGCAUGGCUGCGCUGUGCCAGCUGGGCUUCGCCGUGCUCCUAGUGAACUACCGUGGCUCCCUGGGCUUCGGCCAGGCCAGCAUUAGCUCCCUGCUUUCCUGUAUGGGUGAGCAGGAUGUGGCAGACACCCAGGUGAGGGGUGCUGGGCUGAGGGUGCUGGGGGGAUGCUGCUGGGAGGAUAUUGAUGUUUGGGUGCCAAUGGUGGGUGGCCCAUGGGUGCAGCUGGCAGUGGAGCAGGCUCUGCAAAGAGAGCCCCUGGACCCACAACGCCUGGCCCUGCUGGCUGGCUCUCACGGAGCCUUCAUCGCCCUCCACCUCCUCACGCGUGAGCCCAAGCGUUACCAAGCCUGUGCCCUGCGCAGUCCCGUCUCCAACCUUCUCACACAGCUGGGCACCUCUGACAUCCCUGACUGGCGCUACAUCUCCCUGGGGCUGCCCUACUCCUUUGAGCGGGUGCCACGUGCUGAGGAGGUGGCCACAAUGCUAUUGCGCUCGCCCAUCGCCCAAGCAUCCCAGGUGCAGACACCAGUGUUGCUGUGCGUGGGUGCCCGGGACCGGCGCGUCAGCCCCAUGCAGGCACUGGAGCUGUACCGGGUGCUGCGGGCCAGGGGUGUGCCAGCACGGCUGCUGUGGUACCCAGAGGGUGGCCACGCACUGGCUGGUGUGGAGACAGAGGCUGAUGUCUUCAAGAACUGUGCCCACUGGCUCCUCCAUCACCUGGGGCAGCCCAGGCGGGAUGGGACAGGCCAGCACAGCCCCUAAUGCCCACAGUGGUCCUGGGCUAUGCCAGCCCCAGGGUGACUUCUGGCCCUGAGGACCACACCAGAACCAGAGGCAGAUGGAGUGAGUGUAGCCCGGGGCAGGGAUGUGGAUUGGGAUUUCGUGUUAAAUAAAUGUGAGACCCUG